GGGGCUGUGCUUCUCAACAAACAACUCAAAGUUUCAGUGUUGGAUCAAUUCAACAAGUACACCUCUCUCAGGAGUACCACUCACCUGCACCAGUUAGUUUAACACAUCCCGAGAAUUCAAAGGAGUACACUCAUUGAUUUUUCUUUUCUUUUCGAUCUCUAUUUAGGACAACUGGAAUAAACAUGAUAGAAGUAACACUGAUUAUGUUCUGCAUUAUUCCACUGGGGACCAUAGUGACUGCAAAUGAAAUUAAAGUGGAGUGUCGUAUAUUCGAUGAUGAUCCUUCCACUGAUGAUAACUCUCCAUCUUUCUUGGCGGCCUUGGAAUUACAACUGGUGACAUUUAGAGGACAUGAUAUGUUGAACAUAAGCUGGGCAAUCAACAUUGAUGCAAGUACUAAAUAUCUGACAGCCACUCGGAUUGUCACCACUUGGGAUAUAUACCAUUGUGAAUACAACCCACCUUUUGCCAAGGCCCUGAAGGCAAACCUUACUUGGCCAAAGCAGAAAUGGUUUCAUUUUUUGAUAAUGGCCAGCAAUGGCUUUAUCUCCAUCCAGGCUGCCAAUAUCCCUCUGCCUGCGAUCGGGAGUGGAGAAUAUUACAGCAUUGUUACAAUUAAAUUACCAUUGCCAAAAGACGAUGAGAAACCGAAAAAUACUCCACUUCCUAUGGUUGAUUUCCCAACCCCUGAUGGAGAGAAAGCUGUCCCUCAUGUUUCAAUCCUCACCAAUAUAGUUGUGGCCAUUUUGGGAUUCCUGGCCUGUUUGAUGAUCCUGAGUUUCUGCUACAUUAUCUAUAAAAGCUUUGGGGCCAACUUAGCAUUGUCAUUGGGCUUCAAGAGGUGUCCACCCCCCUUGUUACCUGUUCCUGUCCUUGUGGUGUAUCCUGCUGAGAAUGCAGACUUCCAGAGGGCCGUGGUGGCCCUGGCAGAGUUUCUUCAGUGGCAGGGGGGCUGUAGCAUAGCCGUCGACUUUUGGCAGCAGAGCAAGAUUGCAGAACUGGGGCUAAUGUGUUGGCUGACAGAGCAGGUCAAGGCUGCCAAUCGAGUGCUCAUUGUCUGCCCACAGAGGAAGAUUCCUCUUUCAUAUUCAAGCCAUUCUCCAAACUACUGCUUCCCAACACUCCCCAUCUCAGCAGCAACUCAAGACCUUUACCCCUUGGUUCUCAACAUGGUGAUGAGCAAUGCAAAAAGCUCCAAAGACUUGGCUAAAUUCUGGGUCGUGCAACUAGGCAACCAGCUACAAGAUAAGAAGUCGGGUGAUCUGGCACCAGAAUUGGGGGCCUGCAAGACUUUUUAUGUGAUGAAAGACUUGAACAAGCUAUGCAGACGUCUUCAUGAGCACAGGCACGACAACAAAAAAAUCUCAGCUCAGAUCUCAAGACCAUGGAUAGCCCACAGUGAGAAGAGCGCAAUGAUGUUGAAGGAAGCAGUAGAAAAGAUAAAUUGACAUUAGUCAGAAUUUUCAGCUAUCUCCUUCUUCAGACUUUCAUCUCAAAAAACAAUUUUUUAACGGCUAUGUGAUUAAAGACGGUGUGCAUUUUUUGUUUCUGCUUUUUGAACUCUUGCUAUUUGAUUAAAAAUACAAGUAUGUCGAGAAAUUCUUAAAUCUUUAUGUAUUUCAAUUUGCUAAAACAUCUACAGUAUGUACAGGAAAACACACAACUAUUGAUACAAAACUAACAAAAAGAUGAUUUAAUGUCCCUGCAUGACACUCACAGUCUAGUGAGAUUUGUUCUGUUAUUUUCACAAGUUCAUUUUAAAACUG